GCUGACGGUCGUCAAGGCAACGAGUGGGUCACGUGGGUAGCGCGCGCAGCUCUCCGCGAAUGACGUGGCAGAAGUUGUAAAUAAAUUAACCUCCCCAUCGGUUCAGUUCAGUACUUGUGUACACUAUCCAGGGCGUCGCCGUCGCCCUUCGCAACAUCGUCACUGUCAGGACGGCAGAUAAUCGUCAUAUCCAGCUGACACCGCGAGGAAGCCAUGGCGGACAUCUCGUUCUCGGGACGGGCCUACGCCAAGAUCAUCUUGCACGCUGCCAAGUAUCCGCAUUGCGCGAUAAACGGUUUGCUGCUGGGUAAGCAGCCGAAGUCGAGUUCCGGGACGGAGUUGCAGAUCGUCGACGCGGUGCCGCUGUUCCACGUCUGCCUUCAUGUCUCGCCCAUGUCCGAGGUCGCGCUUACUAUGGUAGAGCAGUUGGCCUCAAGUCAAGGUUUAGUCAUCGCUGGGUACUAUUUAGCUAAUGAGAACAUCAAUGACAUCAGUACUGACAAACCAGCACACAGAAGCAUAUCAGAGAAAAUAGCUGAAAACUUCAGUCAUGCAGUCGUAGCUGUUGUUGACAACAAGGAAAUGACUAUUGGCAUGAACACAAAUCCAUUACGGAUUUCUCAAUUUUCAGAGGGCAAAUGGAAAUUCAAGGAAAAGUCAAGCAUAAACUACGAAGGAGGAGCGGGUCUCUUGGAAGCCAUGUAUAAUCUGAUGAGAAACGAGGAGUACAGAAAUCUAGUCGACUUUGAUAACCAUCUCGAUAACAUAUCCCUGGAUUGGCGAAAUCUGAAACUGAACGAGGCGAUCGACGACGCUCUCAAGAACCAUCGAUAGACUUAAUCUGUAAAUAGUACAAAAUCACAACAUUCUUUUCUUUUAUAUUUGUAAGAAAUACUUUCAAGGUUUCAUGUAUAAUAUUAUUACACAAAUUACACGGAUAUAGAUCUAAAA